UAUAAAUUGAACUGAAGUGAGAGUUGUGCCAUGCAAUAUUACGCCCUGAACUGAAAGCACAUACAAAGAGAGCCAAUUCAAACUCUCCUUCUCAUGGCAACACUAAACUCCCUGAAGAUUAACGCUACUCAUGUUGAAGAUCAAAUGAUCAGUCUCACUCUCACCCAAGAAGAAGCUCAGCCCAAAGCGGCUGUUGCGCCACUCUUCUUGGCUUACCACGACCGGAUUCGACCUCUCCUCCACGCCGUCGAUGAACUACGCCACCUCAAGAUCAUGGAAGAAGGCAUACAACUCCCGACCAUUGUGGUGGUUGGUGACCAGUCUUCCGGCAAGUCUAGUGUUCUUGGGUCCCUUGCCGGCGUCAACCUGCCUCGCGGUGUAGACAUCUGCACCCGUGUUCCUCUCAUAAUGCGCCUGCAACACCACCCAACCUCCGAACCAGAGCUUCACUUGGAGUACCAUGGCCAGAUCGUUCCGACUGAUGAAACCCAUGUAGCUAAAGCCAUCAGCGUCGCCACCAACGAGAUUGCCGGCAAUGGUAAGGGCAUCUCCAACACCCCUCUGACUCUAGUAGUGAAGAAGAAAGGUCUCCCUGAUCUUACCAUGGUUGAUUUGCCUGGUAUUACGAGGGUUCCCGUUCAUGGCCAACCCGAGGACAUCUACGAGCAGAUUUCCAACAUUAUAAUGGAGUACAUAAGCCCCAAAGAGAGUAUCAUUCUCAAUGUCUUAUUGGCCACUGUUGAUUUCUCCACCUGUGAAUCCAUUAGAUUGUCUCAGUGCGUCGAUAAGACCGGCGAGAGAACUCUUGCUGUGGUUACUAAAGCUGAUAAAGCUUCUGAGGGCCUGCUCGAGAAGGUGACUUCUGAUGAGGUUAACAUCGGGCUUGGCUAUGUCUGUGUGAGGAACCGAAUCGGGGUUGAGUCCUAUGAGGAAGCAAGGAGGGAGGAGGCAAGGCUGUUUGAAUCCCAUCCCUUUCUCUCUGAGAUUGAUAAAUCCAUUGUGGGCAUCCCUGUUUUAGCUCAGAAACUGGUGCAGAUUCAGGCCACUAGCCUAGAGAAAUGCCUGCCGGACAUCGUGAAGAACAUCAACCAGAAGCUCAGCCUGAACGUUUCCCAGCUUAACAAAUUGCCUCUCCAUCUAUCCACUACGGCAGAAGCUAUUGCAGCCUUCAUGCGGAUUCUUGGAUCAGCAAAAGAGUCUCGGAAAAUCAUCAUAAAAGGAGAGUUUGAUGAAUACCCAGAUUUGAAACAGAUGCACUGCGCAGCUCAAAUGGCGAAUAUGCUGGAUGAGUGCUCCAAAGAACUCCAACAGAAGUGCAUGCAGAACACCGAAGCAGGUAGUUUUUUAAUGCAUGAAAUCAAGGUCUUAGAGGAAGCUAGAGGGAUUGAGCUUCCCAAUUUCCUCUCUCACACGGCUUUUCUCAUUAUAUUACAAAGAAGACUGAAGCAAGUAUCCAACAUUCCGGUUGAAUUGGCUGAGAAGUUCUGGGAUUACACCAGAGACGUGGUGGUAAGAGUGUUGAUGCUUCACUGCGAAAACUACCCACAGCUCCAGUCUUCUACAAGAAGGGCAGCCCAGAAUGUGAUUGCAAAGAUGAAGGAGCAGUCGAUUGAUCGAGUGAGGGAGAUGCUGGAGAUGGAGAAGCUGACAGAUUAUACAUGUAACCCAGAAUACAUGAAGACAUGGAGUGCGCUCAUGACGCAGCAAGAGGCCUUCACGCAGCAGCUGACUGCCGAUUGGAAACCAGAUAGCACCACCAUUGAUGGUUAUGGUGAGGUUGAGCUUGGGCAUCUUAGGGAGAUUGAGUAUCCCAUGUUAGUUGAACGAGCAUUCGACUUGAGAAUGAGAAUCACAGCUUACUGGAAGGUUGUGCUGCAGAGGUUGGUGGACUGUUUGGCUCUUCAUCUUCUGUUCAAUGUUCAGAACUUGGUGAACAAAAAAGAGCUGGAGAAGGAGGUCCUGAAUGAGUUGAUGAUGGGGCCACACUCGGGUGGAAUCGAAAGGCUCCUGGAAGAAUCACCCACUGUUGCCCACAAUCGUGAGUGUCUCAACAAGAGUAUCAUUUUACUCCAGGAGUGCAAGAACUCAUGGAUUCUGGUGACUGCUAUUAAUUUAAUGCACUUGGCUGUGUGUGGGUUAUUAGUUUUUUUGGUUUUUUUCUUUUUCGGGUUUGAUUGGGUAUUUAUUGGUAAGAGUGUUUUUUUAGAGUAA